CCCCCCCCCCUUCUCUGUCUUGCAAAAUGGCGGCGACAGCUCCUGCUGCCGCUCCGGCCGUUCCCGCGGCCGUCCCAGUGCAGAGCCCGACGGCGACGCCCGCCCCGACAGCGGGAAGCACUCCCCCCGCCACCGCGCCGCCCCCACCCGCCGCCCCGGCGCCGCCGCCGGCCGCGCCGCUGUCGGCCGCGCUCUCGGGCCCCUUCCCCGGCGGCCGCGUGGUGCGGCUGCACCCCGUCGUGCUCGCCUCCAUCGUGGACAGCUUCGAACGGCGCAACGAGGGCGCGGCGCGGGUCAUCGGGACGCUGCUGGGCACUGUGGACAAGCACUCGGUGGAGGUCACCAACUGCUUCUCCGUCCCUCACAACGAGUCCGAGGAUGAGGUGGCAGUCGACAUGGAAUUUGCCAAAAACAUGUAUGAGUUGCACAAGAAGGUGUCUCCUAGCGAGAUCAUCUUGGGUUGGUAUGCAACAGGUCAUGACAUCACGGAACACUCUGUCCUGAUCCAUGAGUAUUACAGCCGGGAAGCACACAACCCAAUCCACCUCACUGUGGACACGAGUCUCCAGAAUUCACGCAUGAGCAUUAAAGCCUACGUCAGUGCCCCAAUGGGAGUCCCUGGUAAAACUAUGGGCGUGAUGUUCACACCUCUAACAGUGAAAUAUGUUUAUUAUGAUACAGAGCGGAUAGGAGUGGAUCUUAUAAUGAAGACUUGUUUUAGCCCUAAUCGAGUGAUUGGCUUAUCCAGUGACUUACAGCAGGUGGGGUCAGCAUCAGCCAGGAUACAGGAUACCCUGACCAUGGUGCUCCAAUAUGCAGAGGAUGUGUUGUCUGGCAAAGUGGCUGCUGACAACACUGUUGGGCGAUUCCUGAUGGAUCUUAUUAACCAGGUGCCAAAGAUUUCACCAGAGGACUUUGAGACCAUGUUGAACAGCAAUAUCAAUGACCUACUGAUGGUAACCUACUUGGCAAACCUCACACAGUCACAGAUUGCUCUCAAUGAAAAACUUCUGAGUUUAUAAAGAAACUUCUGCCACCCUACACUUCAAAGAGCCCAAAGAAUGAGCAGAUACGCUUUUCUAUGGUGGUGUUACAAAUUUCCUUGGACCGUAAUUUAAUUACCUAGAUGACUUGCUUUACAUCUUUAUUUCCAUUGGCCUGAAAAAUCCCUAACAUGGUUUAGGAAAUGAAUGGGAAUGGCUGCAGUUUAGUUGAGCCCAAUAUUUUAAAAUAGAAUACAUGAAUCUUUUGUCUCCUGGGUUUAUCUACUUUUAUAACAAAAUGCGGCUUUAAUGUAAGAACGUAUUUGAAAUAAAAGUUCCAUUGCAAUGACAAGAACGGCUUAUCUCCAGAAAAAACUGCUCUCAUUUAUUGUCUAAUGAAUACUCUUUUGAAAGAACGGGGGGAUAACACUGCAUCAGGAAAGAAAACUAGAGUGGAUACAAGUCACCUCCAGUUCUGCAGACUUCUUUGUGGGGUUUUUUUGCCAGCUGUUAAAGCACACUGGAAGUGUGGCUUCUUGUAUUGCACGUAAUAUGCUUUUCCAUGGAGGACUACAGAAUGGUAACUGGUUUCUUAGUGGUGUAUAUGCCCUUAUUCAGCUGGGUACUGACAGAGUAUGAGACAGUGAAUUCAGUUCACAGUAUGGUAUUUCUAUGCAUAUCUGAUCCUUUGGGAAAGUAAAUCAAAGUCGAGAGCGUUAGCACCUCAUGAAGUGUGAGGGUUCAAAGAAUAAGACUAGCAACUCAUGGUUAAGAGGGCUUGAAAAGCAUUUGUAGCUGAACGAGUGUGGCUACUGGAGUUGCCAUCUUUGCAAAAGAAGAAACGCACAGCAAAACCACACUUAGGUUUUGAGGUUAAUAUUUGGGUGUCAUCAAAUAGGAAUUUUCUCCUUUGUGACCCUGUACUGCUGCUAAAAUUAUGUGAACAGAAACUUUGGAUUUUUCUCCCCCAAACCUAUAUCACGUUAAAUGAGUUCUAGCUGAAAGCAAGCUAAUACCAAUCUGAGCUGUAACUUUUUACAGUGUUGGCUAAUAACAUUACCAUUAGAAGUCUGUUCAGCUGUACUGAGGAGGUUUUGCCUAAUAAAAUAGAAGUGUCCCUUUUCUACAACGAAACUGUUCCCACCUGAUUACUAAUGACUAUUUCUGAUGCCUCACAUCUGUUUUGGUAAAUGCAUUUGAAAUGUUAGAGAAGCCUGCAAAGCCAGUGUUCCUUAAAAUCAUUUUUGUGCUAAUUGCCAGAUAACUCCAAGAAUGGGACUCGGGUUACAAGUCUGUAGAUCUUGUACUGAUUGUUCCAACCUGGAGAAUUCACCCUGUGACUCAGUGCUAAAUUCCAAUUGCAAGGACACGGCAUAUGAAAACUGAAGGUAUAGCAAAGAUAGUAAUCUCUGAAAAUGCUAUUCAUGAGCAUGAAAUAAGUGUUAAAACUUGGCUCUUGUUUUUUUUGUUAUUCUGAAUAAAAAUGUUUGCCCUUCUUUAGACUUUA